GCGAGGAUGAGCCUCAGCCUGCCAGUGUGGGAGACGGCGGACGGUGAUGGCCGCGGAGCCAGCGAGGCAGUGGACCGAUGAGCAGCUGCGGAGCGAGGAAGUGGCUAAAAAGGACAUCAUCCAGUUUUUGCAGCAGAAUGCCUCGGACCCGUUUCUAGGUGAACAUAAGUUAAUGGGAAACAUCAAGAAUGUUGCCAAGAGUGCAAAGAAGGAGCAGCUAAUAAAUGCCUACAAUCACCUUUUUGAAACUAAGAGAUUUAAAGGCACUGAAUCUACAGAAAAAGUCACCCAGCAGCUUAAAGAUGUGAAAGUGGGGACGGCUCAGGACAAAGCAAAGGCGAAAAAACCUGAAUUGACUGCAAGUGAGGAACCACCAAAGUAUACCAAAACAAUGUUGCAAAAAGGUGACAAAAUCAACUUUCCCAAGAAGGGCGACACAGUUCACUGCUGGUAUACAGGGAUGUUAGAAGAUGGGACCGUGUUUGACUCAAAUGUUGCUUCUGGCUCAAAAAAGAAGAAGGCAGCAAAGCCUUUCAGCUUUAAAGUAGGAGUUGGAAAGGUUAUCCGAGGGUGGGAUGAAGCUCUUCUGACUAUGAGUAAAGGAGAAAAGUCCCGGAUACAGAUUGAAUCUGAUUGGGGUUACGGUAAGAAAGGGCAACCAGAAGCCAAGAUUCCACCAAAUGCUAAACUUAUUUUUGAAGUUGAGCUCGUGGAUAUUGAAUAACCCCAAAUACAUCUUCAAGAUCGUGCUUGAGAAUAUUACCUCUAAACUGUCCAAUGUUGCUCAAAAAGAUCUCCGUAGAACAAGAUAAUUGAAUACUAAAAUAUGCAUCUUCUGGACAAAAUUGUGAAUUUGUACAAAGCCUAAGUGAAUUUCAAGUAUUGUGUAUUAUUACAUACUAUGCUGAUGGUGGAAUGAUGCUUGGAACAAGAUAAAAACUGCCAAAACAAAAUAAAGCUGUUUUGGAGCCUCCACAGAUAUUCUAAAUUGUGAAUUGUGUUGUUUUACUGAAAGAUAACUAUGUAUUGUGUGUUGAUAUUUAUCACCUGUAAGCUUUUCAUACUUUUACACAUUAUGCACUGAGAUAGUUUCUCUUAAGGGGAAAUACAUCAUUACAAUUAAGCAGAAUGCUGAAAUCUGGCAGUGUCUCUGCACUUGUUCUUUAUUUUAUGCAACAGAUGGAAAAUAAGAGCAAGUACGAAAGAUAGUCAUGAGAAAGCGGACAGCUAUUCACCUAUACCAGCUCUACGAUUCAUUUUCGUGUCUCAGCUCUAACCUUAGAUGCAGAGAAGUAGGAAACUACUGUAUCAAAUCCCAUUUCAAAUGCAAAUGAGUGGGUUUGCUUCCAGUAUUUUUUUCAGGCAAUGCAUUGCAGAACCUGGGAACUCACUAGAUUAAAAAGUUAUUCUAAUGUUCCCCACUCCCCCUCCCAAUACAUCUUUUUCCCAAUCAUUCCAAAUCUGUGUCAUGUUUUGAGACCCAAGUAUGCAAAUAUCUUUCCAUGCUGUGUAGCUCCUCCAUUAUAAUGAAUAGGUAUCAACUCAUCUAUUGUUUUCUCUAAUUUUAGGACGAUGUUCAGUUCUUUCACCUAUGCACUUAAUUGAAUUCAAACACUCAAUUCUAUUAAUUUUUGGUAGCUGCUCCUGGACCUUUUGAUUCUAAAGUGAAAGGACAAGGGUUGGAUGCAGUUGUCUUAACUGGUUGAACCAUUGUUUUGUUGAAUUGUGACAUCUGCUCAGGAAUAUUUGGCAUAUCUUGUGUAGAGUUAAGUUUUAGCUUUUAGUAUAACACCAUGUGGCUCUGUGCACAGAACAUGCUUCAUACAUAUGCACUUUUUAAAGAUUUUGAAUAGUUUCUUGGUCUGAUCCCAUCCAAGGGCUAUUGUUUUAAGUUUAAACUUGCCCCAUUAGUGAAUUCACAUAGGCUAUGACCAGUCUCUCCUUCCAUCGGUAGAAUAACCAGUUCUGUAGGACACAUUAAAAUGGCAGUUUCUACCUUUGGAGAUGCUACUUCUCAGCUUCCCAAACACUGGCUGCAGGAUCUUGCUGUCUGGCUAUUGGUGUUAGUAAUCCAUUCUAAUUGUCCUGACAAAGUUCUCUAAUGAUGUUUAUGCCAAUAAUAGCUACCAAGGAGGAAAUAGUCCAUUCCAAUCCAGAAUCACGCAUGGAUGAAAUGUCCCAUUGCUGUUGUUUUCCAAAUCCUUCUCCAUUCUUCCACAUUAUACAGAAGCUUCUAUUCCAAGGUGUGGAAACUGCACUGUUAAAUUAGGACAUGUUUGAAAGAUAGUGCACGGCUGGUUACCAUUGGAAGGGAACUUUAUAGUGGUAAUUUUACAUGGCAUAUGUGGAUAAAUAAUAAACAUUGAAAUUCUAUUAGGACUGGUGAUUAUAACCAGACAACAUAUUUUAAAGGAUCUAAACAGGAUUUAAAGGUGUUUUUGCAAUCAGAACAAUUACCAUCUGAAACAGUGUGAGGGGACAGUGAACUGAUAUAGGCAGAGCAAAUCAUUUUGUAAGCUUUGACAUGAUGAAUAUAUACAAGUGUAUAAAACUGGACAAGAAUAUUAUGGUGGUAAUCUUUAUUAAUCCUAUUAGAAUAUCCUGAGGCAAGUCACCAUUUCAUUGAUUUUUCAUAUCAACUCCAAUACAUACAAUCAUAUCUGCAGAAGGCAACAUUUUAGAUGACAAAUUUAGGAGUUUGAGUUUGGCC